GUUCUUCUAGCACCUGACUAUCUGACUGUGACAGAUCAAGGCUCUCAUGAAAUCACCGAUGUGAAGAAUCCUGGAGGAGCCUUGAUACAAGCAGUUGGAGAUGGAGAAAACGAUGACACCUCUGCUAUCCAAGCCAUCCUCGACCAAGCAGCAGGUUCCACUCAUAACAAGGUUUUCUUUCCUCCUGGCGAAUACUUGAUCAGCCGAGACAUUGUCAUACAAAACUCUGUGGAACUCCACGGAACAGAGAUCGGUAUUGCGGUCAUCAAGGCGUCGACUCCCUAUGCCAGGAAAUUGUACAAUGCUUUACCAGUACAAUCGGUCAUAUUGAAGAAUUUGUACCUCGAUGGAAUUCUUGUGAAUUUUGAUGGUGGGAACAAUGCUAAGCCUACAAAGAAUAUCACAGUUUUUAAUUGUGUAUUCUUUUCUACGGCGAGUCCCAGCGCCAACAACUUAAGCGAUGGACAAUUGACCUUCAGGCGUCUUAGAGACGGUGCAGUGGACAAAUGCAUCUUCUUACGCGGCCCGCAUGCAUUCGGUGUGGCCUCCAAAUUCUUUCGAACAAAACGUGUUCAAAUUCGCAACAACGUUUUUGGCCUUGAUUUGAGCAAGGUAGACUGGCUGUCAACCGAACUUGAGCCAGGGCAACACUGGACUGAACAAAAACAAAAACUUCAAUUCCUUCAGAAUAGCUAUCAUCUUGCAGAUGACCAAGGCUUCUUUAAAUGCUCUCUUUAUGACGCUUACGAUGAAGAAAUGCGUAUAAGUCAAAAUGUUUUCAACGGAAGUCCCAAUACUGGCUCUCUUCACAAAGACCACGCGAUGUAUCUCAAAGGGUUCGACGGGGUGGAAGUUGCUGCUAACUAUGUCCGAGGUUGGCCAGCUGAUCCCUCAGGAGGCAUCAAAGCGCGAAAUGGCAAAAACCUUAUCAUUGCCCGCAAUUAUAUCGAUGACACGGGUAUUCUGCUAUACACUCACGAUCCGCACGACACGAGUCUCCACCAUGGACUGGAGAACGUUGUAACCUACGGGAAUCACAUUGUACAACGAAGCAACCCCGGGCAUCGUGCAAGCGGCAUAAGCUACUACGAGCGCCAUUUUACUGGUGUGGAUAAGAACCUCACGUAUUCUGCUAAUCAGUUUGAGAUCGUUGACGUGAGUGACCCGACUAGUUAUACAUGCAUCUGGCUGACCAAUGGUGACCUGUCUCAUCAUCACGUGUACAAAGACAACGUGUAUUACGGCACAACGACCAAAGUGAAGUUACAAGCUCGCCAUGAAACUCCAUCGUUUGAGACAGGAAACAUCGAUGUUUCUAUUCCAUCUCGCUACAGUUAUCCCGUCUAUGAGUUGAAUAUUCCACCUUAUUAG